AACACAAAAUUCUCAUCGGAUGGUAAAAACAUCACGGUUAAAUAUUAUACUUCUGAGAGCAUUCUUACUAAAUUGAUAAACUUAAUUUUGGUCGUAAAUCAAACUUCACCGACACAGAGAAAUUUUGUCCAUUGCGUGACAAAUAUGGGGAUUUUGGUGCUUUGCCCAGCUGUGCUGUGUACCUACAUUAUUUCGUCUGCAUUUGUUUUGUUUUUCGCUUGUUCCUAUUGACAUAAUGUCAAGUUUGUUCGGGCGUUUGUGCCACAAACAUAUGCAUUUGAAAUCAGAUGUGGAGUUGUUUGAAUUUUAUUGACAGUCUGCUACAAUGUUAAAUUGAAAUUAAAAAUGAGCAGUGACUCAAACGAAGUGCUGGAUGACAGAGUGGAGGUGAAAACAGAAGCAGGCAGCAAUGGAAGCAAAGUAUGCAGUGUUUGUGGCGAUCUAGCCCAUGGAUAUAAUUUCAAUGCUCUAACCUGUGAAUCAUGCAAAGCUUUUUUCCGAAGAAAUGCUCUUAAAGCUAAGGAGUUCAAAUGUCCCUUCUCCGAAAGCUGUGUUAUGACAGCAAUCACUCGCCGUUUUUGUCAAAAAUGUCGAUUACAGAAAUGUUUUACUGUUGGUAUGAGGAAGGAAUAUAUUAUGUCAGAAGAAGAAAGGUUAAAUAAAAGACAGAAAGUAGAAUUAAACAGAGCCAAAAAGAGAGCUGCUGCAAGUUCAGAUGAUAAUCCUGGAGCAGCAGUAUCUAAACGUCGAGUUGCUGGUUCAAAGCAACAUCCCGCAGACUCCGAUUGGAAUGCAGCAAGUUCAGACUGGUCUCAUAUAUCUGAGAGUCAGACGAGUCCUGGUUCAUCUCAAGCACAAGAUGGAAGUCCCCCUCAAAGUGAUUCAUUAUCUCAGCGUUUGUUGGAGUCUUUCCCUUCUCCUACUUCUGCAUCAUCAGCUGGUUCUGUGCCAAGCCCUAAUUCUCCACCAGAUAGUGCUACAGUUGCUGCAUCACAAAAUACUGAGAUGGUUGCUCUGAGAGAUACUGGAGUUGUUAAAAAGCAGAGUAUGAUAAGUGUUAUCACAUAUCCACAUCAGUUAAGUAAAAAUCCUGAAAGCAAUGAAGAAGAACCGGAAGAACGUGGAGCCUUAUCAGAUUCCAAAGUUUCAAUUUCUACUUCUACACAAACUGAACUGCUGUCUAAUAGUGGGCUUAAAACUGUAUCUACUCAAACUUUGGAUUUGGUGCAGCCAGUCUCGCAGUCAACACCUCUACUCUCCUCAUUAAUCUGCAGCAAGCGUUCAGAUGAAGAAACUGGCACUCGCCGAGAGGCCUCCACUUCACCCCCUCCUCAACAAGAUAGUCUGUAUGUGGUAGAGGGUAAAGGUGAUUGGACUGGUGUUGAUGGUGUAAAUGCCACCUCUGGCUCAUGGGAUUCCUGUACGACAGCGCCUUAUGUUCUAAAGAGAAGUGUUGAUGAGGAUAUUCUUCACGACGUGUUCAGGAUGAGCAAUGCCCCAAAUUCGUUUGAAUCAAUUUUGAGUGAUGCUAUCAAAUUGGAAUUUUCCACUUACACCCCAAGAACACUAUCAGUUCCUUAUGGGCAUCCAGAAGGCCAUCUUCAUAACAAGGAAUUGAAUGAUGCGGAAAGAGCUAAACUUAAUGAACUUAUAGUGGCUAAUAAGGCUUUACUAGCUCCCAUGGAAGAGACAAAUCCAGAUCAUUGCCUGUUGGACAUUAUAAACUUGACUGCUGUUGCCAUACGAAGAUUAGUUAAAAUGGCAAAAAAAAUUAAUGCAUUCAAAAACAUGUGUCAAGAAGAUCAAGUAGCCCUUUUAAAAGGCGCUUGUAUGGAAAUGCUGAUUUUACAUAGUGUUACAACGUAUAAUCCUGAGAAAGAUUCAUGGGCUCUCCCACAUAGUAAUGCAAUCAAAGUAGAUGUCCUGAAAGAAUGUAAAGGGAAUUUAUACCAAGAGCACAAAAGGUUUCAACAAUCAUUUGAUUCUAGAUGGAGGACGGAUGAAAAUAUUAUGCUUAUCUUGUCAGCAAUUACACUAUUCACCCCUGCCAGAGCAAAUGUUGUACAUGAAGAUGUAAUUAAACUUGAGCAGAAUUCAUACUACUACCUUUUGCGGCGAUAUUUGGAGUGCAUUCUUCCGGGUUGCGAAGCAAGAUCUACUUUCCUCAAAUUAAUUCAAAAAAUUUCUGAGCUACACAGACUAAAUGAGGAACAUGUGCGUGCUUACUUGGAUGUUGAUCCAAGUGAAGUUGAACCCUUAUUAAUUGAAAUAUUUGAUCUCAAGUCUCAUGCACCAAGGUAGAGCAAGAAUUUAUGUGUGCAACUGUUAACUCUAAAAUAUUUUGCAACAAUGAUAGAUUUUUUGGGGAUGCAUGGUGUUUGAAUGUAUUCAUUAUCAUAAUGCUGUAACCUCAGGAUCUUUGGCAUUAGCAAACUUUUUCCAAUAGAUCUUACUUCAUUGGAAACAUUUAUUCACUUUUUGAAAGUUGAAUAGUUUUACUCAAUUUGAAUGUGUUGUUUAUGUGCUAAUUCUGUAUGCUGUGCCAUCAAUGAGUUUUUGUGUAUCAUACACAUGUAUGAAAUCUGUUUCUUUGUAAUUUACUUGACUGUCAAUAAUGUUAAUUAAUGUGUUAUAAUCUAAUGUACCUCCAAGGUAAAAUAUGAGAUACUAUUGGGGGUUCCAUUUGCUCAACUGAAGUCCUCUUAUUUAAUGUACCUUUCAAACUGACUGAAAUUGGAUUGGAAAAAUUCUACAUGACGUGGAAUGAAUUGACGCUUAUGGUUCUGAUGCCUAACUUUUCCAUUUAUUAGCACAGCUUACCAUUGAUGGUCAUUAUGUAUUCUGUUAUGCUAUGUAUAUUCUCUAAUCUAGAGAAGCUUGUUCAUAUGUAAAAAUCAUUUAAUCCGCUAAUUGUUUAUACACAUCGCUUUGUUGUAUAUAUAUAGUUGUAGUGGCUUGUUAUAUGAAAUUCGUACAAAUCUUAUUGUUAUGAGAUAGAUUUAGUUGUUGUGUUUGUGACGUUCUUAUAAAUGUUUAUGCUACCUCAUGUUUUAUGUCAUAUGUUUUAGUCUAAAAGUUCAGGGUAUUGCUUAGGGUACUCUAUUCAAUUACUAUCUUACUCAAAACCAUGUGACUACUGCUACUGCAUGUAAUUUUGUGGUGUUGUACUCUCAGAAAUGAGGUGCUAUGCAUGUUUAGUAAUUAUUAAACUAGAGAUGUAUUAAGUUCAAAUACACUACUUUAUUUUUUGUGUCGGCUCUGGUUCGGCAAUAUAAUUCAUUGCAUUGAUAAAGGCAGAAUUUUAUCUUUAUUGAACUUGUUUUGGGUUGGGUCCAAGCAGGUACUCUGUGAUGCUCGAUGUCAAAUUAUAUUUUUGAACAAAUAUCUUCUUGAAGUGCACCUGUUGGUAAACAGUCAUGCAUAACAUUAAGAAAAUUAUGGGAAAAUGAAAUUUUUUGAACCCAGCUAAUACAAGUGAACUUUCUUUUGUCAUGCUUGAAGACACUGAGAAUUGCAUUUGCAGUAUGUGGUAGCCUUGACCGAGAAAUACUUCCGUGUUUAGAGGGACCAUGAAAAUUGAUAUUAUUUAAGUUUGUAAUUCACUUCAGCUCCAUAACUGAGAGUUUUUUUUUUUCCCACCAUCAUCAGCAGUCUCAUCAAAGUUGAAUCUCAUUUAGCAGCAUUUCUUUUAACAUAUUAGAUUUUCAUACUCUAAGCUUUUGAAGAUGUCAUCAUGUGUGUAGUUCCCCUUUCAGAGAAAUAAAUUGCUUUUUAAAUGUA